CACACACAGACAGAGCGGCGAGCAGUCGAGUGUCAGUCGUCUCUGAGGCCACGGUGAAGGAUUAUUGAGCAGAGAAAAUUAGUUCACCCAUUACAGAGGAGCUCAGCUCGAGGGUCUGGUCGCCAUGAAGCGUCCGUGUGAGGACAGCAGCUCAGCGGAGAGCGACGUGGACGUGGACGGUGACAGGAACGUUUAUCCAGGGCUGAUGAAGGUCAGGAUGAUCAGAUGUGGUUCGUCACCGACGACGACGACGACGACACAAGUGAUGGCGAGAAAGAAACGGAGAGGGAUAAUUGAGAAGAGACGCAGAGACAGAAUCAACAACAGUUUGUCUGAGUUACGGAGACUCGUCCCCACAGCGUUUGAGAAACAGGGUUCAGUGAAGCUGGAGAAAGCAGAAAUCCUGCAGAUGACCGUGGACCACCUGAAGAUGCUGCAGCUCACUGCAGGAAAAGGUAACAGCGCAUGGACAUCAAAGCUAAAGGGAACUCAUUUGCUGUGGCGUUCCACAGGGUUCAGUACUGGAUCCGCCGGGUUUUUCAUUAUAAACAUUAAAAUUAUUCGUAAAAAAACAGCGUCAGUGAACAAAUACACUGGCGUCCAUUUUGUAAAUGACUGGUCUCAGUUGAGAGUGAUAGGUGAUAAAGCAGGGGAGGCUUUUGGGCAGAGCUUAGUCAUUGUAAGCUCCGCCCCCCACUUUUCCCCCGGCUCUGUAGACACUGACGGCUUCUGCUUCUUCUUCGUUUGUUUGUGUGAAGGUUAUUUUGACACCCACGCUCUGGCCCUGGACUUCCUGUCUCUGGGUUUCAGGGAGUGUCUGACGGAGGUUUCCCGUUACCUGAGCGCCGCUGAGGGCGUGGACUCCGGCGGCGACCCCCUGCGCUCUCGCCUCCUCUCCCACCUGGCCUCCUGUGCCUCACAGCGUGACGCCGCCGCCGCCCUGACGGUCGCCUCCCACGCUCCACAACAUCAUCCUCAUCAUCAUCAUCAUCAGCCGCCUCCCACUUUCCCUCACCCCCUCCACCCUCAUCACUGGGCCGCCGCGCUCCGACACAUGCCGACCGCCACCUCCUACGGACUGAGUGGACUUCCUGUUCUGCCAAAUGCUGGAGGAGGUGGAGCCCCCCAAAGGCCGACCGAGCUAUCACAGCCCAGUGUCACCUCCUCCUACCCCUCCCACCCAGACUCCACCUCCUCUUCCUCGCCAGCCUCCUCCUCUUCAUCCCUGGUACUCCCGUGUGGCCCCGCCCCUCUCUCCACCUCCCUCCUCUCCCUCUCAGCGACAUCGUUUCCCAUCACGCUCCACGGAGGUUUCCCGCUCUUCCCUCCCUCCUCCUCCUCCUCUUCUUCACAGACUCACAACGCUAAACCCUACAGGCCAUGGGGAACCGAGGUCGGCGCGUUCUGACCUCUGACCUCUGCUUACUAACUCGCAGUUUAACAAAACCUCCACCUGGGAAGCUUUUGUUGUUUGGUUUACUCACAGAAGUGAGCGCAGCGUGAGCGCAGCGUGAGCGCCGCCUGCUGCUCACAACAUGUUCGACUUACUGCACCAAACCUCAUAGAGAAAACCACUGAGUUUAACAUCACACACACAGGAGC